AUGAAGGUGAACUCCUCCAUACUGUUGAGCCUUCUUGGCUUGGCCUCACAGGCCCAGGCUGAUCCGACCUGGCCCUCGGACAUUGACGAGUUGGAAGAGAUCAUGUACCAGUCAUUCAACUUCGGAUCAAGGCACUUUGCCGACAACGUCUUCCCCUGCGCCAAGGAGGCAACGGGCACCGGCCGCCAGACUGCUGCAGAAUGGCUGCGAACCGCUUUUCACGAUAUGGCACCGGCCAACGCGGGGGCAGGAGUUGGCGGGUUGGACGCAUCAAUACAAUAUGAGCUGUCGAGCACCGGCGAGAAUACCGGUCCUGCUUUCUCGACAACUCUGACCUUUAUGGGACAUUACCUGACCCGCAAAAGCAGCAUGUCGGACCUCAUCGCUCUAGGAGUCUACACUUCCGUCCUGUCGUGCGGCGGUCCCUCAGUUGCAAUCCGAUCCGGCCGCAUCGACGCAACCGUGAAAGGAGCCGCCGGCGUACCGCAGCCCAACGAAGUCAUCCAAGUUUUCAACUCAAAAUUCAAUCGCAUGGGAUUCACGCCACAGGAGAUGAUUCAAGUCACAGCCUGCGGCCAUACAAUUGGCGGCGUCCACACGGCCGAGAAUCCAACUAUCGUUCCAGACGGCACAAAUGCGAACGGCUCCGCACCCAUGGAUAGCUCAAACGGUGUCUUUGACAACAGAAUUGUGACCGAAUACCUAGACGGCACCACACGGAACCCACUCGUCAUCAAGAUGGGCACGGCUCGAGCCAGUAAUUCCGAUUUCACCGUCUUCAGCUCCGACAAGAACGCCACCGUGAAGGCCAUGACCGACCUCGCAGUCUUCAAGUCUACCUGUAAGACCGUCUUUGAGAAGAUGAUCAACACCGUGCCAUCUGGUGUUACUCUUGGCGAUGCUAUCGCACCCUACACCGUCAAACCGUCCCAGCUUCAGCUCUCGCUCACUUCGCCCACCGUCAUGACUCUUACAGGAUACAUUCGCGUCCGAACUACCGCUAUCACAGGCAUCUCGAGUCUGACGAUCAAUUAUAAGAACCGAAGUGGUGGGUCUACCUGCGGGACUAGCUCCUGUGUCUUUACGAUUACCAUUUCGGGUAUCUCAAAGGGCUUGGAAGACAGCUUCUCCUGGUAUCCCAUCAGGCAGGAUAUUCCCGUCAGCACGGGCAUCUCGUCCUUUACUGUGACGAUUAACAAGAGCGACGGCUCGAGCACAUUAUUCAACAACAAUGGCAACGGGUACCCCAUACAGGAUGGCAUCUUUCUCCAGACGUCCCAGAGCUGCCUGACGCAGAACUCCGGCGAUGUUACACUGGUCGCCGCAGUCCGCAACGACCGCACGUCUCUUCCGGUCAAGGCAGAAAUCUCUUACAAGACGGCGCGGACAAGCAGCGUGGUGCCGCUGCUGGGUAAGAUGACCGUCGAUAUGGUCAAGGGCGACUGUGUAGGCAGCUACACCUUUUACAGUGUCACAACGAACAUUCCCGGUGGCGUUAGUUUCGAGUCGACUUUUGACUUCAUUAGCGGAGAGGGCGCGUCCGCCAUGAUUGACCCCUUCAAGAAGGCUGACCCUAUCGGUGGGACAUGUUCGAGCUGGACGGGAGGGUCUCCGACAUGCGGCAGCGUCACAGUGUCGUCUUCCACGUCCAGCGCGGCCCCGACUGCUACGAUUUCCCACCGACAGACUAUGGGUGGCUACAAGCUCGUCUCCUGCUGGACCGAGGCUUCGGGUGGCCGAGCUCUCACCGGUGCCGCGUUCGCUUACGACGGCAUGACCCUCGACAGCUGCAUGGCAAACUGCACGGGAUUCGACUACUGGGGCACCGAGUACGGACGCGAAUGCUACUGCGGCAACUCUCUGGCUACGUCCAGUAGUUCUGCGCCCUUGGCCGACUGCAACAUGCCAUGCUCUGGUGAUUCUACGCAAUACUGCGGAGCCGGGAAUCGUAUUGAGUUGUACUCGACCACCGCCACCCGAACCAGCAGCUCCACGGCCGCUCCCACAGCUACUCUCGCACACAUCAGCACCAUCGGCAAGUAUUCUCUCGUCGGCUGCCAGACGGAGGCCGAUGGCGGUCGCGCCCUUACUGCUGCUCAGACUGCUGCGGACGACAUGACUCUCGACAAGUGUGCUACUUUCUGCUCCGACUACACAUUCUUUGGCACCGAGUAUGGACGCGAGUGCUAUUGCGGUAACAGUUUGGCAGCAACCAGCAAGACUGCGUCCCUGAGCGAGUGUAACAUGAGGUGUGCCGGCAAUUCGUACCAAUACUGUGGUGACGGCAACCGUUUGGAGCUGUACCAAGCCGGCAGUGCCUCGUCUACUUUGGCGUCGACGGUGGCUACUACGACCUCGAGCAGCACCUCGUCAUCAAGCUCUAUCAGUGUCUUGGUGGCGAGCGGGUCAACGUCUUCUACUCUGACGUCUGCUUCUGCUACUGCCAGCAAUUCUUCGAUCUCGUCGCAGGUGUCUACUUCAAGUUCGAGCAGUAUUGCAUCUUCCACCAGCUCUACGUCUUCUAGCAGCGUGGCAUCCUCACCAAGUGCCACGUCCUCCUCAAGCACCUCAUUGAGCAUCGCAUCGUCGUCCAGCAGCGCCGUAACCUCAGCGAUAAUCUCGCCCUCUGCCUCCAGCACCAUCUCCACCUCAACAACUGCCUCCCCUACGCUGGCUCACAAGCCUACCAUCUCGCCCUACACCCUGGUAGGCUGCUGGACAGAAGGCAACGGCGUCCGCGCUCUGAGCCAGAAGAACUACGCCUCCGGCGACAACAUGACGCUCGAGUACUGCGCCUCGUACUGCUCAGACUAUAAGUACUUCGGCACGGAAUACAGCAGCGAAUGCUACUGCGGCAACUCCCUCGCCUCCACCAGCGCUGCCGCGCCCCUGGCGGACUGCAGCAUGACCUGCUCCGGCAACAAGUACGAGUACUGCGGCGGCGGCAACCGCCUGACGCUCUACCAGUCCGACAAACAGGUGACGGGGCCCAGCCAACCCGCCACGGCCGGGGUCUACGCUUUCCUCGGCUGCCGCACCGAGCCCGCGCAGGGCGGACGCGCUCUGGAUGCCAAGGCUACGGCCAGCAGCGACAAGAUGACCAACGAGGCGUGCGCGGCGUUCUGCGAUGGGUAUAGCUACUUUGGCACGGAGUACGGCGGCGAGUGCUAUUGCGGUAAUGCCCUGCCGACGACGUCGCUUGAUGCCCCGUUGAGCGAUUGCAGUAUGUUGUGUACUGGCUCUAGCACAGAGUACUGCGGUAACGGCAACCGUUUGUCAGUAUAUAAGAAGUGA